CAGGCUGCGACGCCCGCGGCCGGCUGGAGCCGAGGCGGCGGAGGUGUGUAGCGGAGCCUGGCCUGGGCAGACGCGGGCCGCAGCACCAGGCUCAGCGGCGGCGGCUCCGGGGCGGGGGCGCCAGCGCGAGGCCCCCUCCCCGGGGAGGCGGGGCCGGGCCGGCGCCGGGGAAUCAUGCAUCAGAAGCUGCUGAAGAGUGCCCACUACAUCGAGCUGGGCAGCUACCAGUACUGGCCGGUCCUGGUGCCCCGCGGCAUCCGCCUCUACACCUACGAACAGAUCCCGGUGUCCCUCAAAGACAACCCGUACAUCACCGACGGCUACCGGGCCUACCUGCCGUCCAGGCUGUGUAUCAAAAGUUUGUUUAUUUUAUCCAAUGAGACGGUGAACAUCUGGAGUCAUUUGCUGGGUUUCUUUCUCUUCUUCACCCUGGGAAUAUACGACAUGACAUCCGUGCUGCCCUCGGCCAGUGCAUCCAGAGAAGAUUUUGUAAUUUGCUCCAUUUGUCUUUUCUGCUUCCAGGUCUGCAUGCUUUGCUCAGUGGGCUAUCAUCUUUUUUCCUGUCAUCGGUCAGAAAAAACUUGCCGAAGAUGGAUGGCCUUGGAUUAUGCAGGCAUUUCUAUUGGAAUACUGGGCUGCUAUGUCUCGGGAGUAUUUUAUGCAUUUUAUUGUAAUAAUUAUUGGCGUCAAGUGUAUUUGAUUACCGUGCUUGCAAUGAUCCUCGCAGUGUUCUUCGCGCAGAUUCAUCCCAGUUACCUCACUCAGCAGUGGCAGAGGCUCCGCCCUAUCAUAUUCUGUUCUGUUUCGGGCUAUGGAGUGAUCCCUACCCUCCACUGGGUUUGGCUCAAUGGAGGAAUCAGCGCCCCUAUUGUACAGGACUUUGCGCCCCGAGUCAUUGUGAUGUACGUGAUUGCUCUUCUUGCUUUCCUGUUCUACAUUUCCAAAGUUCCGGAACGCUACUUUCCAGGACAAUUGAACUACCUCGGAUCCAGCCACCAGAUCUGGCAUAUCCUCGCAGUGGUGAUGCUGUACUGGUGGCACCAGUCCACGGUGUACGUCAUGCGGUACCGACACAGCAAGCCUUGCCCUGACUAUGUUUCCCACCUGUGAAUCCAGGUACGGCCCCUGGUGAAUCCAGUCAUUAAGCAAUACACAGUGGGGGAUCUUAGACCCCAUUGUUUCUGAAGUUCCCAGUUUUCUUCCUUUUUCUCUUUGUUUAAUGGACCAUCAUGCUUGAUAAAAUGGAAAGAUGCACUUGAAUCUGUAGUGAGAACUGUGUGACCCUUGCACCUCAGACACGCCUGUGCAGACAGUGAAAGUCAGAUGUGAGAGGCAGGGAGUCUUGAGUAGCAGCGAACUCUAUGUAAGACCAACUCUUUUUUCUUAGGAAAGACUCCUGUCCAUUAAACAUGGAGGCACCCUGGAGCUGACUGUAAUAGGAGACAUUCUCAUUAAAUGAUCGAAAUUAAGUGCAUCUCCAAGGCAAGGGUUCUCCCCUGUGCUGCUCCAGGAUAGCCAGUGCCACCUUCUGUGCAGUCUGUGAGAAACCUUCACCCCAGUUAUCUCCCUAAGAACAUUUGGAUUUUUGUUUUAGUUUUUAGUUUCCUAACAACAACAACAAAAAAUAAUUCCUCAGUUGAGAAAGGUAUUGAGAAGAGGAAAUAAAGAUGCACUGCUGUUUUUAAAAGCAAUAUUAGACUGGCAACGAGGGAUACGACUGAGCCACACAAAGUCUGACAGCCAAAUUAUCAGCUACCUAAUUUUACUCCAGAUAUUUACUUCCGUAUUCUAAUUGGAUUCUUCACCCUGAAUUUUGAUCCCAGUUUUCCCAAAGAACUCUCAUCUCUAACUCCAUAGUCCUAAGUCUCAUGAUGAUGAGUUCAAAACUAUAUGGGUGCUACUUUCAAGGCCAUGCCAUCUGGGUGACCGUGUCUUGACCAUUAAGUGAACCUUAAGCCUUAGAUUGCAGAUGUCUUAUCCACUGGAGAGAUUAUUCACCUCUGCGCCUGCUUAUACUUGUACUGACAUUUCAUUGACAACUUCAGAGCAUAUAUAAGUGCCAUGUACAGUUUGGAGCUGAAGCGUCUAGUUUAUACUUACUAGAUCUCACUGCCCUGUGAGGGAGUGCACCUCUUAUCUUUUGGUCUUUCUAAAUGCAUAAAUUAAAUCAUUCGCAGCACUCAUGAAAACUUCUGUUGUCCACCAAAUAUAAAGCGUCACCCAAGUUUCUUAAUAAGUUGACAAGCUGUUUUAAAUACCUGGCAUAUUUUCAGAAAAAAAAAAAAAGGAUAAUAUAUCAUAAAAAUUUUCUUGGCAUUGAUGUUUGUUCCCUAAAUGUACUUUCUAUAUUCAGUAUUAGGAAAGUUGAUAUGUAUGCCUCAGCUUAUACCUCUGCAGAGGUUUCUUUCUAGUGUAGUGGUUUUAAAAGUUAAAUUUCCCAUGCUGGUAUGUUAGCAAGAUUUUUCCCCCAGUGGGCUCUGGAAAGGCCACCAUUUCAUAACCGUUGUUAUGAUGGAACACUAUUUGAAAGUGGCUGUUAUAACUUAAGACACAAAUUCUAUUCAUAUGCUCAAUUUUAGAUGAUCUGGACAUAACAAAAGUACCAUAUAUUUUUCAGAAAAUGUCCUUUAUAGGCCUAUAUUGUUCUUGAAUGCACAUUUUGUCAUUUUGGACAGAAGAAAUAGUAAUAAUGAAAUUCCAAUAAUUUUAAGCUAAAUGUGGAGCCAUUUUUAAUAUGAACUCUUCUCAAAAAAAUACCGAGUCUUUUAUUUUUUUAUUUUUAUUUUUUCUUUUCAGACAGGGUCCCACUCUGUAGCACUGGAACUUGCUAUGUAGACCAGUCUGGCCUUGUACUCAGAGAGAUCUACCUGCCUCUUCCUUCUGAAUGCUGGGAUUAAAGGUGUGUGCCACCACACCCAGCCCUAUGUCUUACUUUAAUUCUUGAAAUGUCUGGUUUCUUUUUGUACAUGAAUUCUGUAACAACUGCUGUAUGUAAAACAAACAUAAAAAGAACAUACUUUGUUUUCAAACAACUAUUCUUUGAGGUUAAGACCUAGGUCUGACCGUAGGCAAAGUUAUUCCACGUUCUCUGAAAUGUUCAAUAUUGUAAAACUACUGUUCUCAUAUUUUAUCUUUAUAAUGUAUUUAUCAUAAAGGAAUGACUGUGGAUUGCUGUCAACUAUAAACACUUCUGUAUGUCAGCGUUUAUUGACCCAUCUACUGUGUGCAUAACACUACUGAUAAAAAUUUUAGUUAUAUUAAAGAAUAUUUGACAACUGCAUAAAAUCUGAGCUUUGUAAUAAUGUAUAUUUUAUCAGUUUAGGUUGAAAAUUGUAUUUCCAGCUACAGUAGUUAAAAAGAACUAGUCUUUUACCUGUAUACAAACUAAAACACUUUAAAAGUACAUUUUUAAACUAUCUGUGACUUUUAAAUUAUAUCAUCUUUCUCUAUAAAGCCAUUUUCAAACAGCAAGACAUCACUCAUCUCUGUGGAUUAUAGGAAGUGCAGUUCAGUAGCUGCAUGGCAGAGUGUGCAUAUGUAAAUAAAUGGGGUUUGCUAAA